AUGAGUUUUAUGAAUUAUUAUGAUAUUCUUGGUUGUACCAAGGAAUCAACAUAUGAAGAUAUAAAACGUGCAUAUCGUACAUUAGUUUUAAAAUUUCAUCCAGAUAAAAAUACAUCAGAAUUUGAUAAUACAAAGUUUCAGUAUGUCUUAGAAGCCUGGCAUAUUCUACGUGAUCCUACAUUGAGAGCAGAAUACGAUGGUAUUCAGGAGCAAGAAGUGUUAGAUUCUGAGAGCAUUCUGAUAUAUGCCAAAAUAUCUGCUAAUGAGCUGAAAGUGAUGGAUAACGAUAAAAAUAUAUUGAACUAUCAAUGCAGAUGUGGAGGGUUCUAUUCUAUCCCAAGGGAAUACAUUCAGAAAAAAAAUCAAUCGAUACAUGUUCCUUGUUUGGAAUGUACUCUUCUUAUUAUUGUGGAAACAUAACAAUUUUCCCAUAAGGUCGCAAGAUAUGUUUAAGAUGCAAGAUAAAAAACACAAGACUUAAAAUGCAGCAACAUUUUCUAUUUCUUAUAAAAAAUGAUACAACA